AUGACAAAAGUGGUGAGCUAUGCAAUACUGGUACUUACAAUAAUUGCUUUUCUCCUCACAGCUGCCGCAUUAUGCACACCGGCGUGGCAGGUUGUGUACGCUAGAGAAAUCCGACAAUGGGUGCAAAGCGGAUUAUGGCUUGCGUGUCAAACAAGACCAAAUGGCAUGUACAGUUGUACAUACACAUUCUCGCAUGACGACUUUAACACAUACUUCAGCGAUGAAGUUUCCGGUUUCCGAACGCCUUCGUUUUAUCCAUGGCAGCGAACACUGUUCCAUAUCUAUCUGAUAUCACAGGCAUUUGCAAUGCUAUCGUUAAUUAGUUUUUGUGUGUCGGUAUCUCAUAGUGACAGCAAACUGCCCAAUAUUCUUAGGACGGUUUUUCUGGUGUUAGCCGCGGUCAUUGCGUUCGGAUGUUUGCUUGCAUUUGCAGUCUACUCAUACAUGGUCGAGUAUCGAUUCUUCCAUGUCUCCGUUAGUGGAAUUUAUGAAAAACACCGCGGAUACUCUUGGUACAUAGCAUUGACUGGAGCAAUCGUUUAUCUGGUCGCCAUCAUUUUAUCCGUGGUUCACGUAUUCCUGCAAGCCAGAGAUGGAAGUGCAACAAUGUCGAGACAAAAUAUCAAUUCCUCAUUACAAAGUGACAUAUUCGAAUACCAAUAUCACCCGAACCGAUCUAUGGAAUCAUUUGAAGACCGUUUUGCCAUGAGAACUCUACCACCUGUGCCAAGACAAGAGAAGAAAACUACUGUCUUUUAG